CUCUGUGGUCGAUUCCUAGUGAGCAAACUGCUGAUUCUUUAUACUUUUUAACCACCAAAUUUAGUUUGAAAUAAAUUAAGUAAUUUAUGUUCCUUUUAAAAGUAUUAGCAUAAAACAAUACCAUUAAAAUUUUAAUAUUAGUUUUUACCGUUGUCUUGAACAAAAGUAGUUUAAUUGACACCGCAGUGAAACAAAUUUCAAACGUUCCAGUCUGAAGUAUGCAGCUAGCUUGAUAUAACUGUCAAUCUGGGUGUAGGAAUUUAUUUUGUAAUUUUCACCGGUUUUCAUGUGUAACAAUUUAACGUGUUGGAGCUAGUUUUGGACGCUAUUUAAUUACAAAUAAUGUUUAAUAGUGUAUGUGGUGCAUAAACGUGUUCGAUAAUGGAUGACGGCACAGUUAGAAUUCGCUCCGGUAUCAACAUCAACAUUAAAAGAACAGAUGGUCGGGUCCAUUCUGCGAUCGUGGCCUCAGUUAACUUGGAGACGCGCUCAGUUGCUGUGGAAUGGUUCGAGCGCGGCGAGACCAAGGGCAAGGAGAUCGAGAUAGAUGCCAUCUUAGCGCUGAACCCUGAACUGGCGAGUGGGCCACGGCACCACACUCCGCACCUGCAGCCGAUGCCCAACAAACUAGCCAGGGAUAUGACGCGGCAGUCCAUACCGGUUGCGACAAAAGCGCCCGUGACCAGGGUGACGCGGAACAAUCAGAUGCGGGUGUCGAAUGUGGGUGGCGCCUACACAAACGGCCACGGCGGCGACACGACGGGGCGGCGCGGCGUCGAGAAUGUACCCCCGGCACAGCUGCCGCCACAGCAGCCGCCGCCCAGUUCCAGAAUCACACAGCAGUUUUCAGGUUCGGGUAUUUCCAGUAGGGCGGCCGGCGUCGCGUCCACCGCGUCCGUGCCCGCCGGCGCCACCUCCGCCGUCACGUCCGCCGUCACAUCCGGCGUCACGUCCGGCGUCACGUCCGGCGCGGUGCGGCGCUCCAACGUCGUCAAGGAGGUCGAGCGGCUCAAGGAGAACAGGGAGAAGAGAAGGCAGAGGCAAGCGGAACUUAAGGAAGAAAAGGAAGCCCUCAUGAACCUGGACCCUGGCAACCCGAACUGGGAGUUCCUGGCGAUGAUCCGGGAGUACCAGAACAGCAUCGAGUUCAGGCCGCUGACCGGCACCGAGCCCGUCGAGGACCACCAGAUCACGGUCUGCGUGCGGAAGAGGCCGCUCAACAAGAAGGAGCUUAAUAAGAAAGAGGUGGACGUGAUCAGCGUCCCCACCAAGGACCAGAUGAUAGUCCACGAGCCCAAGAACAAAGUGGACCUCACGAAGUAUUUAGAAAAUCAAAAGUUUCGAUUUGACUACGCGUUCGACGACUCCUGCACUAACGAAAUUGUUUACAAGUACACGGCCAAGCCGCUGGUGGCGACCAUCUUCGAGGGCGGCAUGGCCACCUGCUUCGCGUACGGACAGACCGGCUCCGGCAAGACGCACACCAUGGGCGGAGACUUCCAGGGCAAGACCCAGGACUGCAAGAAGGGCAUAUACGCCAUGGCGGCGCGCGACGUGUUCACCUACCUGCGCGCCCCCAAGUACAAGCCGCUCAACCUCAUCGUGUCCGCCUCCUUCUUCGAGAUCUACUCCGGGAAGGUGUUCGACCUGCUAGCGGACAAGGCCAAGCUGAGGGUGUUGGAGGACGGCAAGCAGCAAGUGCAGAUCGUGGGCCUCACCGAGAAGGUGGUGGACAACGUCGACGAGGUGCUCAAGCUCAUCCAGCACGGCAACGCCGCCCGGACCUCCGGCCAGACGUCGGCCAACUCCAACUCGUCGCGCUCGCACGCCGUGUUCCAGAUCGUGGUGCGGUCCCCGGGCAUGCACCGCGUGCACGGGAAGUUCUCGCUCAUCGACCUGGCGGGCAACGAGCGCGGCGCCGACACCUCCUCCGCCAACCGACAGACCAGAAUGGAAAGCGCGGAGAUCAACAAGUCCCUCCUGGCACUGAAGGAGUGCAUCCGCGCGCUGGGCAUGAAGGGCAACAACCACCUGCCCUUCCGCGUGUCCAAGCUCACGCAGGUCCUGCGAGACAGCUUCAUCGGGGACAAGUCUCGCACCUGCAUGAUCGCCAUGAUCUCGCCGGCCAUGGCCUCCUGCGAGCACAGCCUCAACACGCUCCGAUACGCCGACAGGGUGAAGGAGCUCGGCACCAUGGACCCGUCCCGGCGCGGCGAGUCUCCGCCGCCCGACGUGGACAUGCCGCCCGCGCGGGACGACCUGGCGCACCUGCGCUCCCUCAACGAGGGCGACAUGUCGGCCGAGAUGUACACCUUCCACGAAGCCAUCGACGAGCUGCAGCGCGCGGAGGAGGAGGUCCUGGACAACCACAAGGCCGUGUCCGACUACAUGCACCACGCGCUGCUCCGCGCCAACCAUCUGCUCGCCAUCACCAGGGACGUGGACUACGACCAGGACGCGUACGCGACGCAGUGGGAGGAGCUGCUGAACGAGCAGCUGGCCGUGCUGGCGCAGUCCCGCGACCUGGUGGCAGAGUUCCGCACCAAGCUCACGCGCGAGGAGCACAUCUCGCGCCGCAUACACAACUAGCGGGCGCCGCCAUCACUAACCGCUCUGUAAUAUAUUAUGUACCGGCGACGAUCUUGUCUCGCAGUAUCGACUGUGGGUGACUAUUCAGACGAUUAAUCGAUUUUGACAACUUAAAAGUUUGUUGCGUCGGUCAUCAGUACCGGCGCAGCCUUAAACCACAGAAUUGAAAUUGAAUCUAAUUGUAAUACGUAUGUUUGGGCAGUACCGUUGUCAUCUGUCACGUUUAUCGAUAUUUUAUAUCGAAUAUUGACGUAUGAAGCUAUCGGUAAUUAAGUACAUAUUUUACUAAUGAAAACAUUUAACGUGAAAAUGUCCGGUGCUCAACAACACGAGGUCAGAGACUUUGUCGAGAACACGCGAGGGCGCCGCGACCGAUGCGAGCUCCAACUCAUUAUUUAGAUGAACGAUGAGCAGCUUCCGCGCUUCGAGGAACAAAAACCGUCUCGCAUCUGGACCUUAUGUAUAUUUAGAGUGUGAGGGCACUGCGGGGUCGGUGACCGCAGGCAUUGUGUAGUGCAGCAACGUGCGUAUUGAGUCGAAUGUAAAUGAACCGACCGCACGCGCCUUGGAGCUCCGGUCGGGUUGUAAGGUUUGAGCCAAAAAAUAGAGUUUGAGGUAAAUUUUCGUCUCUCAUAUAUCGACGAUUAAAUUAAGAGAUACUCACAUUCCAUGUCGAUUCGAUAACUCGGAGACGCGCGUCCGUUAACGUGGAAGUUAUUGAAAUCUUCCGGCCAUAUUUGUAAUUAAUACGAGUAAAUUUUUCAAAGAGGAAGUAAUCUAUAUCGUAGUGAAAUUGUACCGUUGGAAUAGUUUUUGUGGAAGCAAACUCUCGCUCAAAUACCAUUUCGUUUCCCGCCUUGUUUUCUACAGAGAGAAAGGUAGAUAUGCCACGGUACAUAUUCUUUGCAUGUUUUUUUUUGUGUUGAUUUAGACGUACAUGGAAUAAAAAUAUAGUUUUAUGCUGAACGGAAUCCAAGGUCAGAUAAGUUAAUUUUGACGUAAAAUAAUGCUAUGUCAAUCAUAGAAAGAGAUGACUUGAGAACAAUGCGGAUCGUUGUCUUUCUCUGGCUGCAGACUGGGCGGUCACACGAACACUCAUAGAAAUAAAUGUCUAUACACAGAUUCACAUAAUUUGCUAAUCAUUUGCAUCAUUGUCAUAAAAAAAAUCGUAAAAUUGUUCAUUAAUAUUAUUUUUCCCUUACACACUAUGAUAUUAAUUAAUAAAAAUAGUAAAAACGACUCAAAAAGACUAUGUUUAUGUAACUAUAAGUUUUUUCAAGUCAAUAUUUUUAAUUUUUUUUCUCUUUAUUUUUUUUUUGUAUUGUGUUGUGAUAUAUUUUGUUAGCGAACGAGAAUAAUGACGCUUGUAGCGAUCGCUGUGGGCUCGUGCCGCGCCCGGGCGGCGCCAGCUCGCUGCCUCAGCUUGCGAUUAAAUACUUACUAUUAAUAUAAUUUUCUAAUUUAUUUUCAGUUCAACUUUUUAUUCAGCUAUUAAAUGUUGUCAUUGCCGUGUAAUAGUUUUUGUUAACUUAUGAUUAAUAUCAGGGGCGAAAUGCUCGGAGGUACGCCAUACUUGCUGUAAACUAUCAUUUAAUAUUCCAUUUUACAAAUUUAAUCGUAAUAAUUCGAUGUUUGAUGUCAAAAAACACAAAUUGUCUGGUAAUGGAAUAUAGAAUGGUAGUUGUCAAAAAAAAACGCGCGAAAUUCCUAUGUAACCUUAACAAAGUUAAUUUAAAAAUGUUUACGUGAAUAAUAUUUUUUGUAAAAUAAAAAUUAACUUGACAAAACUGUGGUUUAUCUGCGCUCUGGUGCUGCACUAGUCUAGUUUCUUCUGGUCUAGCUUUUACAAGUUUUUUGUACUUCAGCACUUCAAUAGAGUGAAUCAACAUAUCGAGACAAACCUUUCAGUCACGAUAAAACAUGACGUACUGUUACGUAUCAAUCUCGCAUUUAUAUAUCUGUACAUUUUCCAAAGUAACGAGUCACAGUUGUGGCCUCAGAUGCCGUCCGUAAAGUGUGAGAUCAUAAUCCGAGUGUUUAAUCAUAUAAAAGAUUAGUGAACGAGGCGGAAAUUGCGACAUUGCCGAUAAUUUAAAUCGAUAGUUGAAUGACCUGAUCGAUUUUGACUAUUUAACAAAUCGAAAUUAGAGGAAAAGUCUACGAAAAACUUCGAAACGCUGUAAUUUAAACAAAAAACAGCUUAUAUUAUGUAUGUGAAGUUUUAAAUGUAAUUUUUUUUUUAAUAGCGUUUGGAGUUAUUUUAAUAGAAAAGGGUAAUUAAUAGUAAAUCUUUGUAUCAGGAGAAAGGCCCGGUUAAUCCACGAGAAUAUGAUAAUAAUUUAUUUUAUGUAAGUAAAUUUUAUCCUGAUAGAUUUGUACAGAUCUGUGAUCAAAUUAAAGUUAGAAUGCACAGAAAUGCGUUCUUAUGGCCUUAAUGACAAGAUACACAAUCUUUAAAUGGAGACUUGAAAUCGGAUAUGUCAAAAAGAAACUAAGAAGACAGCCUUUGAUACGAGUGCGUGGCAUUUAUAUGAAUUAAACAAAUUGAAGUUUAAUUCCAUUUUAAUAUCAUUUUACGCGCGCUUUUCUUGAAUUUAUAACUAACACCGAGGUGAAUGUAUACGGUACUUAGCUAAAGUGACUUUAUAGUAAACGAUUCUACAAAAUUCUACUGUGUGAAGCCUCGACCAAAAUCGGUGUUUGGUUUUAGAUAUGCGAUUAUGAUAUUUAUGUAUGCAGCUUUAAGGUAUAAUUAUUUUUCCUAUGCAGUUCGAUUAAAGCGUAAUGAUUUCGCGUGGAAUACAAUUAUUCUGUAUAGAAAAUAUCAGGUUAAAAGGACAAUUCGAAGUCGGCGCGGCGUGUUGUCUAGUUGAAAUGCUUUAUUGUAAUAAAUAAAUAUAUUUUAACAUCGCACAUUGUAAUAAAUUAAUCGAAAUUG